GAUGAGUGGAGCAGUAGUGACAGGGAGGCUGCGUGUUUUGUCACAUUGCUCCUCGCUACGCACGACGUCCGGAGUUCCCCCGCUAACACCGUGAAAACGCCCCUCUUCUGUCCUCCUCGUCCUCCCGACAGGCAGGCAGCCAUCCUCGCCUCGCCGGCUUGUGUCCGUCUCCCGUCCCCGCCCGCAGCGCUUCAUCUCCCCGCGGCAGAGCAGAAGGCGCUCCGGGGCGGUGACGGACGGCGUCCGACCUCUCAAUGAUCAGAACCGGGACCGAAGCUUAAGCAUCCGGACCUGGCGGGACAGGACUGCAUCUCUAUGACGACAGAGGAGCCAUUGUCUGGGGAAAUGAAGACGGCGAUGGAGGCGGAUAUCAGGAAAACCAGUCAGGUUCAAGAUGACCACGGGGAGUUGGAUGAUAGUUCAGAGAAGACCCCCAGCAAAGCCUCCAAAUCCCCCCAGAAAACCACUAAACGGCUUAAGACUGUGCCCGUCAAAGUCACUCUACUCGAUGGCUCAGAGUAUAACACAGCAGUUGAGAAAUUUGCAAAGGGUCAAACCCUGCUGGACAUGGUGUGCGGCCAUCUGAACCUGCUGGAGAGGGACUACUUUGGUCUGAAUUUUGUGGAUACAGACAACUCCAAGAAUUGGUUAGAUCCGUCCAAAGAGAUUAAGAAGCAAAUUCGAGUUGGUUACUGGAGUUUGGGUUUUUCUGUCAAAUUCUACCCUCCAGACCCUUCUGUGCUCAUUGAAGACAUCACGAGGUACUAUUUGUGCCUGCAGCUGAGGGAUGACAUCCUGUCCGGCCGUCUCCCCUGCUCAUUUGUCACUCAUGCCCUUUUGGGCUCCUACACAGUCCAAGCUGAACUCGGGGACUAUGACCCUGAGGAACACGGCCCAGACUAUGUCAGUGAAUUUCAUUUUGCACCCAAUCAGACGCGCGAGUUGGAGGAGAGAGUAAUGGAGCUGCAUCGCAACUACAGAGGGAUGAGUCCUGCAGAAGCAGAGAUGAACUUUCUUGAAAAUGCCAAGAAGCUUUCAAUGUAUGGAGUGGACCUGCAUCACGCUAAGGAUUCAGAAGGAAUCGAUAUAAUGCUCGGUGUGAGCGCCAAUGGGCUGCUUAUCUACCGUGACCGCCUCAGGAUCAAUCGAUUUGCAUGGCCCAAAAUUCUCAAGAUAUCAUACAAAAGAAGCAACUUCUACAUCAAGAUCCGCCCUGGAGAGUACGAACAGUUUGAGAGCACCAUAGGCUUCAAGCUGCCCAACCACCGGGCCUCCAAGCGAUUGUGGAAGGUCUGCAUUGAACACCACACCUUUUUCAGGUUGGUUUCUCCUGAACCUCCUCCAAAGGGCUUCCUUGUGAUCGGCUCCAAGUUUCGCUAUAGUGGACGGACCCAAGCCCAAACCAGGCAGGCCAGUGCUCUGAUCGACAGGCCCGCCCCUCAGUUUGAAAGGUCGGUGAGCAAGCGGUACAUGCUGCCCCGGAGCAUCGAUGGAGCUUCAGCCUUGGGGGAUAGCAUGGACCAGCUGUCACAGAGGAGCUCCAGUGAACGCACACAGUUCAUGUCCAGAGAGGACCUGGACCAAGAGGGAAGCCUAGACCUGGACCAUGAUCAGUAUCAAUACCAAGACAAAGACCAGGAUCAAUAUGCAGAUCUGGAAGACGAGCACGAAGAACACAGUCAGAAGCAGACGUUUGGUGGCCACAUCACAACGCCCACCAAAGCCUUAGAGGUCAAGGGUGAGGAGGCAGGCUCGCCUGUAGACCCAAAGCCAGAGGAUGUGGCCCCCCUUCGGCCGAAGCAGGAGCAGUUCUUGGACAAGCCUGAAGAUGUUCUGCAGAAGCACCAGGCCAGCAUCAAUGAGCUGAAGAGGGCUUUGAAGCAGCCCAACAGCAAGAUGGCGCAGAGGGAGCGCCUGUCUUCAGCCACUCCACCUGGAGGAGGAACCCCGGAGCGAAAAUCUGAGACUCCUCCUACACCGGCGAUUCACGAAGAGCCGCUCUGUGAAGCCUCAAGGGAACCAUGGGAGAGACGUCUGGGCUCAGUAUCGGAGGAUGACCAAGACCACGACCUUCCAUACCUGAGGGAAACCCACUUGGGCAUUGAGCGCAAAUGUUCCAGCAUCACUGUUAGUUCCACAUCCAGCCUGGAGGCGGAGGUCGAUUUUACCGUCCUCACAGACCUGCAGACGGGCAUGGAGGAGUUCUCCAGGGGGAUGUCGGAGCUGGGAGAGAGGGAUCUGUCACCCGACGGAGGACUCUGCAUGGGCAUCGACCUGCUCCAGCACCAAAAUGUCUCGGAACCGCCCCCACCUGUAGUGCCAACUCCUCUUCCUAGAGGAAGCACCAGUAGUCCUCCAGCCAAACCCGUCCAAACUGAGGAAGUCCGGCCAGAGGUCAAACGGCCUGAAGGACAGCCCGUCGUUCCCAAAAAACCAAAGAGGUCGGUGCCGGUGUCAUCUUCAGUGGACAGGGAACACCCACAUAAAGACGCCAGUCGCAUGGCAGCUGCUGCACCACUGAGCAGAGAGCCCAGCGACGUCAUCCCCACCCCGGCGGUGAGGAAGACCGACGUCAGGACGGAGACCCAGCCCAACGGGUCAGAGGUCACCACCACCAUUGUGGAGUUCACAGAUCAGGAUCACACCAUCACUGGUCUGGGGGAGGUUUCGUAUUCCACGAGACAAAGUGUGUCUCCGGUGCACAAGGGCACUUUUGGGCGAGAGACACCAGGCUCUCCCAUCCUCGUCACGGAAAACGUUACCUCGGCAACCACUCACGUCUCAAAGACCGUGAAAGGAGGGUAUUCAGAAACGAGGAUUGAGAAGAGAAUCAUAAUUACGGGAGAUGAUGAUGUGGAUCAGGAGCAGGCUCUGGCUAUAGCAAUCCAGGAAGCCAAGCAGCAGCAUCCAGACAUGCAGGUGACCAAGGCUGUCGUCGUCAGGGAAACCGAAUCAUCCGUUGGGGAUCGACAUGGGGCCUCAUAGUCACAGUUUGCUCAGACAAGAGUGCCCCCCUUUGGACCAGAUGUGUCAGUACCUGACUUUUAACUGCAACCUUCUGUCCUGACCAAUAAGUGUCCGCAGUGUCUUGAUGGAGCCUCUUGUUCCUGGUUUAAAGAAAAAAAAAAAGGACUCCUUUAUUUUCUUCUCCUGUUUUUAUCCAAGUAUUCAUAUCAUAAAUACUCUGGUUUUUACAGACAAGCUGGAAAAGGAUAAAAAAAAUGAUAAUGUGCCAUCAGAAAUCCAAACAUUUUACAAAAAUUGACUCGAUCCAAUCAAAUCCUUUCAAUUUCUCAGGGCCUCUAUAUCCAAGUCACCUGCUUAAGCACUUCUUCAAGGUCAGAUGGAAUUGAUUUAAAAGGGACAUUUUUUUAUGUCUGCACGCACCACCACAGAGUAAAGCAGGAUCACAUCUCGCGAUAGUUCUCAUUUCAUGCAGAGCGCCUAACUUAGAAACUAGAAAUAGAAGUGAAAACAGUUGUGAAAAAAUAAAAGAAACACAAAAAGUACAUUUCCUGCGUGGUCGCUUUAGAAUAAAACACAUGUAGUUUCCUUACACAAAGCAUUUGAGUCCAAAUGGAUCUGCUCCAAUCCCUUUCUGUCUGACAUGAAAUAUUUCCUCCUGCUUGAUGUUUUUCUACUAUGAUACGCAGGUGGUGUUUAUGCAACGUGGAAAUGAAACUGUAGUUGACUUUAGGAGCUCCUAAUACACAUUCAUGCAAACCUGCUGCAUCAAAGUUUGGGAACACACACUUCUGUUCUGGAUUUAGUAGCUUCCUGUCCGGUCUGGUCCGGUUCAGUGUUUCUAUGUGCUUUCAGAGCUCAGCCGGAUCGGCUGCAACUUUGUUUUUUUAAUGCGUAGCUUUCAUUCCAGUUGGAACAGAAACGAGGAUAUUCAUUGAUAAUAAGAGAUAUAUUAAAUUGAAAAGGAGGUUGAACUGAUUGAAGGAAUAAUCUUGUGAUUCAUAAUCCCUUCAAAAUAAAAAAAAAAUUAUAAUUUUUUCAACUUUAAUGUGAAAAAAAUAAGACCCAGUGGCUCCGAAAUGACUUAAAAUCCUGAUAUUAUUUUGAUUAGAAAGUUACAAAUCACUUUGCUUUAAACAUAAUUUCCCCUGUAAGUGUAAAAAAAUGGAGAAGGACCUGGUUGCAGCCAAGAUGGCGCACAAACACAACAUUUGAACUUUGAAUUUUGGUCGAGGACUUCCGGCUAGUGAUGCUCUGGCGCCAUCUUGGGGCAAUGUUGUUUUCUGUAGCCAGGUUUUCAGGCUCAUAUUGUCAAAAUGGCAACCAUUGACUGUAUACAAGUACUGGACUGAUUGAUUCUUUCCCCCCUUGUGUUCCGAACAGGAAGUAGCCUCUGGGUCCAAGACGCCAAAAUUCUAAAAACUUUGUCUUUAUAUUUGUCAGAAUACCCUUUCUUGGUCUGCUAUCUUUUUAUUAACAUAUUCUAGAUAAUUGUAUUUUUUUAUGAUAAUCUUUCUUCAUCACAAGUUAUUAUAGUUAUAAACUGACUUCAUUUUAUCGGAACCGGCGGUAAAAUCGCCUGCAGCGCGGUUUAUGCUGGUUGCUCCAACAUCAAAUAUUUGCCGACACACCUAUCACGAAAAAGGGGCGGGUUCAAGGCGCCUACUACAGGCGCUUUGUCCAUCUGUAUGGACCAAUCACUGCUUACUAAACUCAUCUGGUUCCAACAUGUUUGCUUCUGUUUCGCAGAAAAAUAGCGACUGAAUUCGCUUAAUUUCAUUGCAAGCUUUCCUCUAGGGGUUUACUCGCUCAGUCCAGUUCUUUUAUACAGUCUAUGGUUACAUCCCAACAUUUUUGGUUUUCUUUAAAACUAAGUCACAAAACCAGCAACAUACACUAAUGUCUCCAGCACUAUCAUCCAAACUACAAAAAAACAACAACAAGGAGGAAGAAUUUUUUUGAAUUCACUGCAUUAUUGUUGAGAUGAUGAAAUCCAAAUGACAUGUGCCAAUUACUGAAUUUAUUUGUAGUAAAAGUGUAUUUUUGUUUCCAUCUAUUUCUUCCUACAACACAGCUUUUGUAGAAUUGACUUGAGGCUGCAUGGGAACUGUACAAACCCUUUUUUUGUAUGUAACAACUUUUUAAUGAGCUUUUAAUUACAAAAGUGCCAGAGUCAAAUGCAUGAACUUGGCAUGACAAGUUUGCCCUUUAAUUCUGGUUUUAAUACAGAGUAUUAGCAGUUCUCAUUUACUUGAAAAUACCUAAAAACGAAAUCCCUUCAAGACUUUUAAACGCCAGGUUGAAAUAGGAAAUAGUGAGGUAAACGUUUGGCCUUCGGACACUAACUGUCAGUAUCCAUGUGUGCGGUGUAACUCCUGUGGUGUUUAGGGUUUUUAUUUCUUCUACUUUUAUUUUGAAGUGAUGGUUAUUUAUUUAUAUGGGUGUCGAAUUAGAAAAGAAAACAACUCCAUGCAUACUUGAUUCUGUUUCUUUGGUGCUGUUUGGUGGAUUGUAAAGACGUGAAGUGGUCAAGAGCUGUAGAUUUUUCAUGUACACUAGGGGGCACCAUUGACCUGAAAGAAGAAAACUUUGCUUUACAUCAAGCAUCCACAUCGGAAACCUUUGACCCCGCCCCUCAAUACAGAACAACAAUACUUACGUUGAGCCUGUAAGGACACAAGGUUGUCGUCCAGCAAAAGACAAUUCAUGGAAGUGUGACCAGCGACAACCAGACUGUGAAUAAUCACAAACAAUUUGGCUGAGACACCUUGUCAAAGUCUGAUUGGAUGCCCUGUGAUUGAACCUCUCUGCCUACACUUCAUCUUUUCUGCUCUGCUGCUCUCCAUCGCUUGGUGCUGUGUCUUUGCUGUACAUUGUACUUGCAUUCCUUCAAAAACCAAUAAAGACGAGAAGAAAAAAAGAACAAAG